AUGUCCAGGAAUUGGCUCCUCACCAAUUUCAAGCCCCGAAAGAGCCAGGGGGACCUGCAGCAAGUACUUCUGCUACCCGAGUGUCUCAAGCGCAGAGACAUCACUCCUCUGCGGGAGUUCAUGACCGCUCGACUCGAUGUCCUGGACUGCAAGGGCGCCUCGGGUGCUGAUGGGUCAGCAGGAAUCAAGUGGUUCAAACCGCUUGACGACAGACUCGAUGGCUUCGUAUCUUGUGAGGCUUGUUAUCAAGAUGUCGUGCUGGCAACAUCGUUCCAUGACAAAUUUAUUCCGCACGACUCGCCUCAAGCCUCUGACGCUAUCUGGGCCUGCGACAUAUGUCUCCCCUUCAUGAGUCGAUCCAUGGUCAAAAUCUCUAGAUUAGGGAUCGACGGCUGGAACGAAUGGGUAGAAGCAGCAGCGAAGCACAUUGCUCUCCCCGAAUGCGACAAGGGGCCCGUAUCGCCCUCCUCCAGACGCUGGAUGCGGCUGCGCGGCGAGCGGCAUCCAGAUUUCAAAAUGUGUGAAAAGUGCUACGAGAAACAUGUGGCUCUGACGACACUGGACAAGGACUUUGAAUCUGUUCCACACGCGCCGAGUCAAACAGGGUUGGACUGGAUGGACGCCGCUCUGGGCUAUACAACGACAGAGCCUACACCCAUCACUUGCAGCAUGAACGGCUUGCCCGUUGAGGUCGCGCUCAUAGAUGCCAAGGACUUUCAGGACAUCAACGUUCUCCACCGUGCUCUGGAGGUAAUACUCUCAUGUCCACCGUGUACCGAACGGGGCAUCAUCAACGGCGUGUGGUACACGUUGACUGGGGGCGACUGCGACGGCUACAGGAUCUGCGCCCCGUGCCAUGCCGCCUUCAUCACCCCGUUCGGACUGGAUCGAUUCUACGAGCAGUCCAAGAGCGAAGAAGCAGGCGGGACCUACUUCUGCAGCUUCGAGCGGUCCUCCGCCCCGCGAUGGGCUGAACACAUGAACCGCAACGCCGAAGCCGUCGAAACCGGCGUGUGGUCCCGCUACUCCGUCUUCGUACGCAAAUUCGCCGGCGUCCCGCACUGUGCCAAGGAGAAUCUCGUCGACAACCGCCGCUGGUACGGCUGGGACGACUGCACAAUCUGCCCAGAGUGCUACAUCACCUUCUGCCAGGAGAGCUCCCCACCUCCUCCCAGUCUGGCGAUGGUGUUCAACAACGAUCUCGUCGUCGAGAAGAGGAUGUGCUGCCUGUACUCCCCGCGCAUGCGCCAAAAGUGGAUUGAGGCGUGCGAGGCGGGCAACGUGGAGGCGCUGAUCGAGUUUUCAAGGGUGCGGCACGGGGUUUGGGUGCAGACUGUGCUACAGGUCCAGGCGCUUCGCCAGAUGCAGGAUAUGCAGUUUGCAAAUGCCAUGCAUGCGGGAUUCAUGAGCGUUACGUACCAAGGCAUUGAGGGCAUAAAGGUGGUGUCUGGCACGACAGAUGGGUACGAGCAUGGGAAUAGCCAACUUGGAUGGCAUGCGACGGAUGAGGGCGCCACGAGCGCAGCUUUUCGAAAUCAGAUGCAGGCCGGAAUGUCUCAGUCUAAUAGUUCCGAUACGUGGAUGACGAUAUGGCAGUUGUUGCUGAAAUGGUCAGAAUAUGAAUAA